GACUCGACGAUCGCGGGUAGACCGUAGACGACCAUGCGGUGUCGUAGCCCACGUAGUUAGACGGUUUCGACCCUUUAUUUUCAAGUAUUUCCGUUAUUAUCCGGGCCUGCCGCGAUCCUUUUUUAGUUUGCCCGUCGGUCUGCCCGAUAAAACGAAACGGAAUUCGCGCUGGAAGAAGUUUUUGCGCCCGACGUCGCGACGUCCAACAACCGUGCUGUACCUCUGCGAAAUUGGAAGACGAAUUCUAUUCGUCGAUCGAAACAACGAAUUAAAAAAUGGCCAAUUUCCGUGGAUACUACAUACCAUCCCUUGGGGCGACGAUCAACGUCGCAUGGGAAACACUGAAGGCCAAAUGGCCGGAGAACAGCCCCUGCGUGGAACUUAUUCGCGGCAAUGGCACAGGACAACGACCGGCUCCAGGGCACAGUGGCCAAGAACAGUUCAAAUCCUUCGACGAAGGCCACGAUAAUACGGAAAUGAUGACUAUGAACGGAGAACAAGCUUAUCGGGACCAGAACAACGUGGCCAUCGCCGAGGACACUUUCAGCUACCAACGAAACGGGGACAAAGUCAGGACAGGAAGCGUAAGCAGUGGCGAAUUCAGCGAGUACGACGAGGGUGGCGGCGAGUUUGGCGGAUCGGGGGUGAAAAUUAACGAAUGGCAAGCCGCGUGGAACGUUACAAAUGCUAUACAGGGUAUGUUCAUCGUGUCGUUGCCAUUCGCCGUUCUGCAAGGCGGUUACUGGGCCAUCGCCGCGAUGAUCGGUAUAGCUCACAUCUGUUGCUACACCGGGAAAAUAUUGGUCGAGUGUCUGUACGAGCUGGACACCGUGACGGGGCAACGCGUGAGAGUCCGUGACUCGUACGUGGCCAUCGCGAAGGAAUGCUUCGGUCCAACGUGGGGCGCCAGGGCUGUGAACAUCGCCCAGAUCAUCGAGCUGCUGAUGACCUGUAUCCUGUACGUGGUCGUGUGCGGCGACCUGAUGAUAGGCACGUUCCCCGAGGGCGCGAUCGACACCAGGAGCUGGAUGAUGCUGAUCGGUAUAUUUCUGUUGCCCCUCGGUUUCCUCAAGUCCCUGCAGCACGUAUCGGUGCUCAGCUUCUGGUGCACGAUGUCCCACUUGUUCAUAAACGCGAUAAUCGUCGGCUACUGCAUCCUGGAGAUCGGCGACUGGGGUUGGUCCAAGGUGAAGUGGACCCUCGACUUCGAGAACUUCCCGAUCUCGCUGGGCGUGAUCGUCUUCAGUUACACGUCCCAGAUAUUCCUGCCCACCCUGGAGGGCAACCUGAUCGAUCGUUCCAAGUUCGAUUGGAUGCUGAAUUGGAGCCACAUCGCCGCCGCCGCGUUCAAGUCGCUGUUCGGAUGGAUCUGCUUCCUGACGUUCCAGUACGACACGCAGCAGGUGAUCACCAACAAUUUACACUCGGCCGGCUUCAAGGGUCUGGUGAACUUCUGCCUGGUCGUGAAGGCCGUGUUGUCCUACCCUCUGCCCUAUUACGCGGCCUGCGAGCUCCUCGAGAGAGCGUUCUUCAGAGGCAGACCGAAGACGAUCUUCCCGACGAUAUGGACGGUGGACCGCGAGCUGAAAGUCUGGGGUCUGGCGUGGCGCGUGGGCGUGAUCGUCUUCACCAUCCUCAUGGCGAUCUUCAUACCACAUUUUAGUAUUCUCAUGGGCUUCAUCGGCUCGUUCACCGGCACGAUGCUGUCGUUCAUAUGGCCGUGUUAUUUCCACUUGAAACUGAAGAGAAACUCGAUGGAGUGGGGCGCGGUGGCGUACGAUUGCUUCGUCAUCUUCCUCGGUGUGCUCUUCGGCGUGAUCGGUGUCUACGACUCGGGCUCUGCACUGAUCAACGCCUUCGAGAUCGGUUUACCUUUCUGAACUACCUUACGCGAUGCUGCUCCCUCGGUUUUCGUUUGCCCGUUCCUUCAAAAAUUGUAUCACGUUCAGACGCGCGACUAGCUCGUGAAAACUCACGUUUCCGAUGGUUCUAUUUGCACUCUACAAAACGAGACUGCGACUCCUCCGACCGGGCACUUAGCGUCAACCUCGAGUAUUUCGAAAUCGUUUAUCGAUUAUUUUGAUUACCACGGUGACUGUUACGAUCUUCUCCGCGACGUUAAGUUCGAUCAAAUGAAUCUUCGGUUAUAGAAUCCCGAUAUUUAGAGUUUAAGAAUCUAAGGGCUAGGCGCGCGUUCGAACAUUUCGAGAUUGUAUAUUUAUAUCCAACCAGAACACACACAUAUCUAGCAAAAUAGUCUAUUUAAGGGGUUGAGAGGGAUCGGUAGGUGAACAAUCUACUUCGCGAGCA